AUGGGCCUCUUCUCUACAAGCUGGAAUCCCUGCACCGACCUUCCUGACUUGGAUGGCAAGGUCGCCAUAGUUACAGGAGGAAACUCAGGUGUUGGCUAUGCCACCGUCCAACACCUUGCCCGGCAUGGUGCCAAGGUGUAUAUGGCCGCACGUAACGAGGAGCGCGCCAGGAGCGCAAUCAAAAGACUGCACGAUGCAGGACUGGGUCCUGGGAAUGGCGAGAUUGUCUGGCUUCCGCUGGACUAUAGCAACCCAAGGAAUGCACAGAAGGCUGCUGAAGAGUUCAGUGCGAAGGAGCGGCGUUUAGACAUCAUUGUGAAUUCUGCAGCAUUAUUAUUAGUACCCUAUGCAAAGUCGUGCGACGGCAUACAGGACAUCACCGUGGUGAACUAUCUGAGUCCGAUUGUCUUCGUCAAGACACUGUUGCCAAUUAUGAAGCAGACUAGUGAAGACUUGAACAGCGAUGUCCGAAUCGUAAUGGUUACUUCGGAAGGUCAUCGUGGGGUUCCAAAAGGGCUUCACUUCCGCAGCAUUGAUGACUUCAACGAAGAAUUCAAGGGGAAGUCAUUCGCGUCCAACCGUCGGUAUAAUCUUACGAAAUACAUGGGAAUGCUGUUCGCAGCGGAGUUACAGAGAUGUUUUGACGCCGAAGGUACUCCGAUCAUCGUGACAUCUGUCCACCCGGGGGUCGUUAAUUCAGAGGGCGUCCAAAACUUUGCCCACUCCGCCGGUGGCCUGAAGACGCCGCUGUACGCCUUCAUCGCAAAUACAUUCUUCACAGCUCCCGAGAAAGCUGCCUAUGGGACAGUAUUCGCGGCGGCUGCAUCGGUUGUGCGGGAGGAACCGCAGUACAAGGGAGGGUAUCUCGUUCCGCCCAUGAAGCUGACUGCACCAUAUGCCCCGACGCAGGACCCGGAGUUGGGAAAGGAGCUAUGGGAGGCUACUGAGCGGAUACUUGCAGACAUUGGGGUGUAG